CGUUUCGGAACAAAAUGUUCCGGAUGUGAAGAGGGGAUUUGUCCGGAUACAGUCGUUCGAAGAGCGAAUGAUCACGUUUAUCAUGUGGCUUGCUUUCAAUGUGUAAUUUGCAAAAGGGAGUUACGAACCGGUGAAGAGUUCUAUUUGAUUCCAACUGAUGGACGUCUAGUUUGCAAGACUGACUACGAAAUGGCGAAGAACAAAGAAGCAGAUGCUGAUGCAAACAAUAAACGACCCCGAACAACGAUCUCAGCCAAAAGCCUUGAAACAUUGAAACAAGCCUAUCAAGCGAGUUCAAAACCCGCAAGACACGUUCGCGAACAGCUUGCCGCUGAUACUGGUCUGGAUAUGAGAGUCGUGCAGGUAUGGUUUCAAAAUCGUCGUGCGAAAGAGAAGCGAUUGAAAAAGGACUCAGGUAGACGUUGGAGUGCGUAUGGCAUAACGAAGGGACUUGACAGCGACAGUGCAUCGCCUGAGGACAGUAUUUGUCAUAGUCCAAUUUAUGGUGCUGGUGGCUUUUUGGACAGUUCGAUAGAGGGUGACGGGCAAUCAGAAGCCGCUUAUGAUAUGGACAGGAGUUAUGGUUGUACCCCAGAAGUGUCAUUAGCACCAGCUGGAGCACUGCUUGGUCUGAACUCAUCAGCGAUGCAUCACGAUCGAUCAAAUGCAUUAUUCGUCGAAAUGGGUACGGCGAUAGGCAUGGAUGCGAAUAGCAGUGCACAUACGAUUGCACAUCCUCAUCUAACAAACCCGUAUAUUUCAUAA